AUGAAAAGAGCCUUGACUACUCGCAAGUCAUCUUCAAGCACCGACUACCCCUCACAAGGUACAGAAAGUGCGGGUCACACAUUCCGCAACACGCCUGCAGUUGCGCCUAUUAGCACAAAGAGAACUGGAUCACGCAACGGCAGUCUUGUGCCACCUUCGCCUAUGAGCCCGCUCAGCCCGGCAUCACCUGCUACAAGAAGGCCAGGAAGUUCAAAUAUGUAUUCUUCUAACUCUAACAACGAAGCACCGCCAGCGUAUAGCCCAGGUCCGGUUGGAUCUUCAAAUGCACUGCAGCCCAUCUCAGGUUCUGCUCAAUCGGAUGCCGAUGAAUAUGCUUUCCUCUGUUCCUUCGAUACAGUAUUUCUAAUCGAUGACUCUGGGUCUAUGGCAGGUCGUUCAUGGCGAGAGACGGGCAAAGCACUAGAACUCAUUACACCAAUUUGCACCGAGCGCGACAAGGAUGGUAUAGACAUUUACUUCCUCAAUCAUCCCGACUCGAGCAUCUACAAGAACAUCACUAGAGCCAGUACUAUUAUCGAGAUUUUCCAAACGGUGCGACCCAGCGGCUACACACCCACUGGCCAGCGUCUCAACCAAAUCCUAAAGCCAUAUCUCAAGCGUUACGAGAAGAAUGACAAGAUCAAGCCCAUCAACAUCAUUGUCAUCACUGACGGUGCACCAUCCGACGACGUCGAAUCCCCCAUCAUCCAAGCCGCCAAGAAACUUGAUAAACUCGAAGCCCCCGCCUGGCAAGUCGGCAUUCAAUUCUUCCAGGUUGGCAGCGAGAAACAGGCGCGUGAGCACCUCAAGAUGCUCGACGAUGGACUCGCUGAGCUGUCCAAGGACUCUGAUCUCAGAGAUAUUGUGGACACCGUGCCGUUCACUGAUGACCAUAACGGUGAGCUCACGGCUUCUGGAAUCCUGAAAGUGGUACUUGGCAGUGUCAAUAGGCGACUCGAUCGCAAUUCCCUGGAUUUGCAUAAGCGGUGA